AUGCCGGAUGAGCUGACCGAACCCGGGCGCGCCACGCCAGCCCGCGCCUCUUCCUUCCUCAUCGAGAACCUGCUGGCAGCCGAGGCCAAGGGUGCGGGGCGUGCAACCCAGGGCGAUGGCGUCCGCGAGGAGGAGGAAGACGACGAGGACCCCGAGGAUGAGGACCCAGAGCAGGCACGGCAGCGACGGCUGCAGAGGCGGCGACAGCUACGCGCGGGCAGCGGGGAGGCGAGGGCGCGGGCGCUGGGCCUCGGGCCCCGGCCACCUCCCGGGCCCGGGCCGCCCUUUGCGCUCGGCUGCGGAGGCACGACGCGGUGGUACCCACGGGCCCAUGGCGGCUACGGAGGUGGCCUGAGUCCUGACACAAGCGACCGGGACUCUCCGGAGGCCUGCGAGGAGAUGGGUCGCGCAGAGACUUCCUGGCCGCGGUGUCCCGGGCCGGGAGCCUUGCCGCGGGAGGCGACGACACAGGGCCCAGCUGCCGGCGGGGAGGAGGCGGCGGAGCUGGCAGAGGCCCCGGCGGCAGCGGCUGCUGCGGCAGGGGAGGCGCGCGGUGGCCGCAAGAAGAAGACGCGCACGGUUUUCUCGCGCAGUCAGGUCUUCCAACUCGAGUCUACCUUCGACCUGAAGCGCUACCUGAGCAGCGCGGAGCGGGCAGGCCUCGCUGCCUCGCUACAGCUCACCGAGACGCAGGUCAAGAUCUGGUUCCAGAACCGUCGCAACAAGUGGAAGCGGCAGCUGGCGGCGGAGCUGGAGGCGGCCAGCCUGUCCCCUCCGAGCGCGCAGCGUCUGGUCCGCGUGCCGGUGCUCUAUCACGAGAGUCCCCCGGCCGCCGCGGGACCCGCACUACCCUUCCCGCUGGCACCGCCCGCACCCGCUCCGCCGCCGCCGCUGCUCGGUUUCUCGGGCGCACUGGCUUACCCGCUGGCCGCCUUCCCCGCUGCUGCCUCGGUGCCCUUCCUGCGCGCGCAGAUGCCGGGGCUGGUGUGA